CAAAAUUCAAAUUUUAACUUUAUUGACAGCAGACAGCAUUAGAAACAUCAAAAUUUUGGGAAAACAGCUUUAAUAUUUAAACUUUGCGAGAUACGCCUCCAAAAUUAUCCGUGAGUUUAGUGUUCAAACUAUGCUCCAAAGCAUCAGCUAAGCCACUUGGACCAUCGCAAGCCAUGCGUCAGAAUGCUGUUAAUAAGGAGCGUCCAAUUUAUCGGGGUGUCCAGCUGCUCACAGAUGACCAGUUAUCCACCCUGUGUGAGAGCUAUCGAAUCCUCCUCGGUCCGAUAACGCCCAGAAAUCGGCGCUUGGCGGAGCGCCAUCUCCAUAUAGCGAUGAUCGGGGAACGGGCCAAGUACCGGGCCCAACAGCAAUUCGCCGAAGAGUGCAAGCUACCGAUCACCGCUAGCUUCCAGCCAGUUCCCCCGCCUCAGCAGCACUAUGGUUCGGUGAAAGCAACGCCGGACUUCCGGCAGCCCAUCCCGCCACCUAAUUUCUGGCCCUCUUUCGGUUCCUUCAAAUUGCGUAGUCCACCGCCGCCUACUAGAUAUUUUAAAUAUCGUGGGAAGCGCCCGGAUCCGGUCCUCGAGCCACGACAGUAUGUUACAUGGCGUCAGCGAAACAGUUUGGCCAACCAAUCGAGAGCUGAACCAGGACCCAAUAUCCUUGGCUUUGAGAUGCCCUUCUCGAUGGAGGACUUCAAAUCGAGAAUAAGUAAUACCAUUAAGCGAUUUCAGGGCGGAGGUGAGGAAGAGGCUGAAAUAAGGCUCCAAAAUCGAUGUGCUGACCCAGAUCGGGAAAAGGAUCAGAAGUACGAAAAUAGAUUUCAGAAAAAGUGUCAUGAUAAGCAUCCCGAUAAUUACCAUUAUGCAUAUCAAGAAAGUUAUCGAAAUGCUUAUCAAAAGGAUUUUCAAAGGGACGACGAAGAGCAGUUUGACGAGGAUGACGGAGAAGAAGCGUCUGAUAGGUUCUUCCAAAAGGACCCUGAUCACACUUACGCCGAGCGAGACACGCUCUCCGAUGUUUCAGAUGACGAAGGUCACCAGCAGGAUAAGGAAAAUCAGGACUCCCGUAAGUCUCCCUUUCCCUUCGAAAUUCGGAAACUCCAGGGGCGGUUCAACGGGGCCGAUGGGGAAUCUCAGAGCGAAUUGGGCGGCUUUAUGAGUUUUCACAGCCUGGCAAGCGUUUAUCACGAGUUCACCAAUCAAGUGCCGAUGGCGCGAACGCAGCCACGCCCUCGGCGUUGGUGGUGGCUGGGGAGGGAGGCGGCGGGGGACGAGCGGAUCCCCGAGGCGGAGCGCACCACGGAGCAGGAUCUGGUGCAGGAGCGCGAGCUGAAGACCAUAAACUACCUGAGCGAGGCUCCGUCGCGCGUGGAUGAUGGAAUGCUGGAGCUGAUGGGCAGGGUGGAGCUGCGCGACGACAGCGACGAGGAGGAGGGAACAGUGGAGCAGGGUCAGAGCGGUCCGAGUUCCCGAUCCUACUCUGGGUUUUGUCGCCACAUCUUCCAUCUACUCUGCUGCGAUCGCCACGGAAAACUCGAUGCGGAAAAGCUGCGCUGCAAUUUCUUCUGCUGCUGCAUGGCCUUCGCCAUUUACAUGGGUUUUAAGUUGAUGCGGUAGUGGUGCAAAUGCAGUGUACAAUGUUUGGUAAAUGUCCAUGGAAAAUCAGGCAUAUCUCAGUCGAGAAAAUAUUGCACGUUGAAUUUGAAAUUGUGUUUCACAGGCUUUUCUCAUCAUUUGCCUUAAUUUUCUUACGUUGAGAUACACACUGUGUUAGAAAUAAAGUAAAAUGCAAUAAU